AUGGAACCCAAGGUAAUCAUUGUUACCGGCGCAAGCCGCGGCAUUGGCUUUGCUGUGGCCCAAUCCCUGCUCGCAGCGUCCCACAAAGUUGUCCUUGUCUCUCGAUCUGCCGACCGGCUUCAACAGCUGAAGGAAUGCUAUCCUACACAGGUCGCCUUCCUUGCGGCGGAUAUGACAGUCGCCGAUACUGCGUGGAGGGUAACGGAACUCGCCAUCCUCACGUUCGGUAGGAUAGACGGCGCUGUGGUCAACCAUGGCAUGCUCUCUCCCAUGACACGGAUCGAGAAUGCCUCUGUUGAGGAGUGGAAAAAACUUUACGACGCAAACUUCUUCAGCGCGCUUGCACUGGUGAGUUGGAGAAGAUGGAUGACCCGAAGGAGGGCGUGCGCUAACUCCUUGCACAAGACAAAGGAAGCGAUUCCUCACAUCCGGGCUUCGAAGGGCCGAAUCGUCUUCAUCUCCUCGGGUGCAGCGACGGCUGCUUACACGUCCUGGGGAGCUUACGGCUCUUCCAAGGCUGCGUUGAACUCACUCGUACGGCACGUAGCUGUCGAAGAACCAGACGUCACCGCGGUGGCCAUCAGCCCAGGCCGCGUCGAUACCGACAUGCAGAAAGAGCUCCGGGAGAAGGGCACUGAGAUGUCGAGAAAGGACUACGAGACUUUCAAGGAGGACUUCGAAGAAGGCAGGUUGAUCAAGCCAGAGCAGACCGGUCGCGUCAUCGCAAAACUGUCCCUGGACGUUAAACCAGAGCUUUCGGGGAAAUACUUCAAAUGGGACGCAGCGGAGUUGGUCGAGUAUCGCGAGUAA